CAUAUGCUAUUUUUCUAUAAGACAAUUUCACACACACCCUCUCAAGGGCCACUCUUAUAAGGACCACCACUAAUAGUUUCACCAUCCAAUAUUUUCUGUAACCACUACAUAGAUCAGUUAUAUUAAUUCUUUUUCUCUUUCCCCAUGACAUUUAAUUUGUACUUCUCUAUAGAAGAGCUCAAGCACUUUUAUAUAGUCCAUUUGCUAAUUAAUAUGAUGAAUAUGGAAGUGAAAUAUUCAUCAUAUGAUUUCUACAAUAAAAGUUCCACGAACAUGAACGAUGAGGAUGGGCAGCAAAUCGAAUAUGACAAAACAAAAGUAGUUGUACAUCGCAACGAAGACGAAGAUAGCUAUGAUCACAGACGUGGUAAUUCAGGUUUAGGAAAUAUCAGUUUUCACAACCUGUCAAAGCUCAUUCUUCCUCCUUUAGGUUCCUCUGGUUAUAACCAUAAUCAGACUCUGCACAGAGGCAUGACUAUCUCUCCUAUGACUUCAAGAUACAGGUGUUGGGAGACACUAAUGGUUCUAUUGGUGGCGUAUUGUGCAUGGGUAUGUCCAUUUGAGAUAGCAUUCAUGAACUCAAAUCCAAACAAGAAGCUUUACAUCGCAGAUAAUAUCGUCAAUCUCUUUUUUGCGGCUGAUAUCAUCUUGACAUUCUUCAUCGCCUAUCCUGAUCCAACCUCUCAGCUGCUUGUUCGUGAUCGAAGAAAAAUUGCUACAAGAUACCUAUCAACAUGGUUUCUGAUGGAUGCCGCCUCCACCAUUCCUUUUGACUUACUUACCAUGUUGUUUACGGGCAAACAUCAAGUUGGAAUCUCUUACUCCGUUUUAGGAAUGCUCAGAUUUUGGCGUCUUCGCAAGGUCAAGCAAUUUUUCACCAGAAUUGAAAAGGACAUGAGAUUCAGUUAUUUUUGGAUUAGAUGUGCAAGGCUUUUGUUUGUAACACUAUUUUCAGUGCACUGUGCUGGAUGCCUCUACUACUUGUUGGCUGACAGAUAUCCUCACAAAGGAAAUACUUGGUUAGGAUCUGUGAAUCCCAAUUUCAGAGAGACCAGCCUUUGGAUUAGAUACAUUUCAGCAAUCUAUUGGUCCAUCACAACCAUGACCACAGUUGGCUAUGGUGACCUCCAUGCUGUUAACACUGUCGAAAUGAUCUUUAUCAUUUUCUACAUGCUCUUCAAUCUUGGCCUUACUGCUUACAUUAUUGGUAACAUGACCAAUUUAGUUGUUGAAGGAACUCGUCGUACCAUGGAAUUCAGACAUAGCAUACAAUCAGCUUCAAACUUUGUGUGUCGAAAUCACUUGCCUCCAAGAUUGAAGGAGCAAAUACUGGCUUACAUGUGUUUAAGAUUUAAGGCCGAGAGCUUAAACCAACAACAAUUGAUUGAACAACUUCCCAAGACAAUCUGCAAGAGUAUCCGGCAUCAUUUGUUUUUGCCUACUGUUGAAAAGGUCUAUCUUUUCAAGGGUGUCUCCAGGGAAAUUCUCUUGCACCUGGUUGCAGAUAUGAAGGCUGAGUAUAUCCCCCCAAGGGAGGACGUCAUAAUGCAGAAUGAAUCGCCAGACGACGUUUACAUCAUAGUGUCGGGGGAGGUGGAAAUGAUUGAUAGUGAGAUGGAGAAUGAGCAAAUUGUUUGGACUCUGAGAUCUGGGGACAUUUUUGGAGAAGUUGGGGCCUUUUGUUGUAGGCCUCAGAGCUACACGUAUCGGACCAGGACACUUUCUCAACUCUUGAAGAUAAGAACAAGUUCUUUGAUUGAAGGAAUGAAGAGUAGGCAGGAGGAUAACGUCACCAUGAUGAAGAACUUCCUUCAGCAUCACAAGAAGCUCAAGGAUCUAAGACUUGCAGACUUGUUCCUUGAAGUUGGGGAAGAAGAUACCGAUCCAAACAUGUCCAUUAACUUGUUGACUGUUGCCAGUACAGGCAAUGCUGCUUUUCUUGAUGAGCUUCUCAAGGCAAGAUUAGAUCCUGAUAUUGGCGAUUCCAAAGGAAGAACCCCACUGCAUAUAGCGGCAUCGAAAGGGCAUGAAGAAUGUGUAAUGGUGCUUCUCAGACAUGGAUGUAACAUACACUUACAAGAUGUAAACGGUAACACCGCACUAUGGGAAGCUAUAGCAGCAAAUCACCAUCCCAUAUUUGAAAUUUUGUACCAUUGGGCUUCCAUUUCCGAUCCCUAUGUUUCUGGUGACCUCUUAUGUACAGCAGCUCGGAGGAAUAAAUUAACAAUUAUGAAGGAACUCCUUAAACAUGGAUUACUUGUUGACUCAAAAGAUCGACAUAGAUCCACUGCUACCCAAGUCGCAAUAGAAGAAAAUCAUGUAGAGAUGGUAAGGCUUUUAUUAUUGAACGGAGCUGAGAUUGAUGAUACAUUGAAGUAUAAUCUUUCAUCAAAGAACCCGAAUGAAAUGCUGCAAAAACCAGAAGGCGGGCACAGGAUUAUAAGAUCUGGUACUAUGGGUGAAGAUCAUAAGUGGCAGGACAAGGAGCAAAAAUACAGCUUAGAUAGUUAUACAAAUCAAUUUACUUUUAGAGUUAGCAUAUACAGAGGUCAUCCCGAGAUCAGGAGAAGAACUCAGUGCAGUGAACCUGGAAGUUUAAUAAGGGUUCCCAAUUCACUUGCAAAACUCAAGGCUAUUGCAGGCCAGAAGUUUGGAUUUGAUGCAAAAGAUGCAUUGGUGACAGACGAAGGAGGAGCGGAAAUUGACUCUAUUGAAGUCAUAAGGGAUAGCGAUAAGCUUUAUAUAGUUGAAGAUAUGAACUCCAGGAUAUAGCAUAAGUUUUCUAGUCUUUGUUCUAUUAUUUACAGAACUAGCUAUCUAUAAAAUUCAAGAAACGGAAUUUAACUCUUCCGCGCACCUCCAAAAGUAGUGGACUGUUGGUCUGUUACGUCUAAAUGCACAUACAAGCGCACAUCAAAUUCUUAUGUCACAAACAAAUUAACUACAUAGUGUUUGCGUGCCUUUUAUUUUUACCCAA